AAACAAUGCGUUGGAACCAUUUAAGACUCUUAUCGCUCAUCAACAGUAUAUAUUCGGGAAGCACGUCAACGUCGAACAUCUUCCAGAGCUCACAAAAGUAUGGGGCGUUUAAGCGUUUUCUUGACAUCUUGGUGUAUACUUGUACUGGUGUCGCAUGUACAUGGCCAUGGUCGACUUCGAGUUCCACACAGCAGGUCUACAAUGUGGAGAUAUCCUGACGAUCCGGCUAUCAAACCAUACUUGGACAUCGUAGAAGAAAACUUCAACGAUAAUGAGCUGUUUUGUGGCGGCUUCACGUACCAACAAAACUUAGGUGGGAAAUGUGGUGUUUGUGGAGAUCCGUGGGAUGCUGAUGUAAAGGAAAAUGAAGCUGGAGGAAAAUAUGCUAAAGGGAUUAUCGUUGAACAAUACACUCCGGGUAAAUCAUAA